UUACUCCCCAGUCUCAGCCUUCCACUCCCUCUAAUGGAGCGGCUGCUGCAGCCUCUCCCUCUCUACGUAAGCCUUCGGGAACUCGGGGGGAAGUUUUCAGGAGAAACCGUUCGCCGGAUGGAUGAAUAUGCCCUUCAGUGAAGAAGAAAGAGAAAACUAGCGUAACUCGAUGCCGACAUGACGAGGAAUCCCAGCAGAAACUAAAAGCAAGUGGAAGGCAGACAGAGCCCGCUGCGAACAGCCGCUGACCCCCAUCCCGUUUUUUUCCUCUUUCGUUUACUGAAAGUUUUUUUUUCUUCCUUCUCACGAACCGGAGCAGCGAAGAGAAUCGGAAUUAACCGGUGGCAGAGUUUCUACAGGACAAAAAGCAGCUCUAAAUGGACGAUAAAGCGAUCCGCUUCGGACGUGCAAAGUUUUGACUGCCUGCCUGUUUGGGGAGUGAAAGUGCUGCAGUGCUGAGUGGAGAAGAGAAACCUGACCAAGAAGUCUACAAAACAUUAGCCAAAAAGAACUAUGGCAAAGAAAUACGACUUCCUCUUCAAGUUACUACUUAUUGGAGACAGUGGAGUUGGCAAAACGUGCCUGAUCAUACGUUUCGCAGAAGAUAAUUUCAAUUCCACCUACAUAUCCACUAUUGGUAUUGACUUCAAAGUGAAGACCAUCGAGGUUGAUGGGAAGAAAGUCAAACUGCAAGUCUGGGACACAGCAGGACAAGAGAGGUUUAAGACCAUCACCACUGCUUACUACAGAGGAGCUAUGGGCAUCAUCCUUGUGUAUGACAUCACUGACGAGAAGUCCUUUGAGAAUAUACAGAACUGGAUGAAGAGUAUCAAAGAGAAUGCCUCGGCUGGAGUGAGCCGGAUGUUGCUGGGCAACAAGUGUGACAUAGAAGCCAAGAGAAAGGUGUCGAAGGAGAUGGGUGAGAAGCUCGCAAAGGAUCAUGGGAUCAGAUUCUUUGAAACAAGUGCAAAGUCAAGCAUCAAUGUUGAAGAGUCCUUUGCUGCUCUGGCUCGCGACAUUUUGCUGAAAUCAAGCAAGAAGCCGGGCCCAACAGGCCGUGAGGUCAAACUUACCACCCCAACCACAGAGAAAAAGGCCUCCAAGUGUCUUCUGCUUUAGAUACGUCACCAGCCGGAGGAGACUCCUGAACUAGCGUGCACGCACAUACACAUACACUCUUAUGACACAGCAGUAUUACACAUGGAGGAAUUUAAAACGUAAGCAUAGGACAUAUGAGGAAGUGGCCAAAACACAUGAAAUAACCAAAAUGCCAAAAGAUAAAAAGAUACAGUUAUUGUAUAUGUGAAAAAACAGAACUCCUUAAAAAAUGUAAAGUUUUUACUUUAAAAUUUUGUAUUACAUUCCUUAGUUGGGUUUAAGUGGAACGCUAGUCAGGCUAUGUUUACACGUCACAUUUUUAUAUUUCAGCUGGAGUUCAUGUGGCAAUAUACACAAGACGCUUUUUUUUUUUUUAAACUGCAGCCUUUCAGUUAAAAUGCAGUUGCCAAUAUACACGCAUGGCAUUCACCGUUUAGGGAUUUGGGUCAAUCAUUGAUUUCGGUUAUUCUCCUUGAUAAAAAUUGGCCACUUUCUGACCUAUUAGAACACUUAAUUGACAGAGAUGACAGAUGACAAAGAUUAGGAUUGUCUUGGUAGGUGAUUAGAUGGUGAGGAAAGUUUGGUGUUGAAUGUGCACAAUUAGAUAUGAAAGUACUGGAUACAGAAGGUGAAUAUCGCCUUAUAGAAAGUUUAUGAGGAUGUUUAUCAGGUAGUGCCAAACUGCCUCUGGGAGAAAGAACUGUACCUUUUUGUUUUUAAGUAAUGUAAGCAAUUGUAUGUCUUCCCCUCUUCUCUCGCACACCACUCUCUACUCUCCAUCAUCGGAAUCUCCUCUUUCCGUCUGUCCUUUCGGAAAGCAUAUGAAACAUUCUGUCAGAACCUGUAUGUAUUUUAAGCUGCUUUGAAUAAACCAGAAAAUGAGCAAA